AUGGCGCCUUCCGAAUCGCGAGUCGUUCUUGUGAUAGGUGGCGCUGAUGGCUUCGGCGCUGCGAUAGUCGACCGUUUUCAUCAGGAGGGGAGCAAAGUCAUCUUCAUCGAUCUGAACGAUGUCAAAGGAAGCGCAAAAGCAGCCAUAAGUCCCGACCUUACCUUCAUCCAUGGAGAUGUAACAAGCGUGGCAAUUUGGGAGCAAGCUCUGGCUGUUGCCGAAAAAGAGUACGGUCGGCUGGAUGUCGUGGUCAAUAACGCGGCCUGUCCACACAUUGUCAAUGGACCUAUACGACAAGAUCCUCAACUCAUCUGCCCUUUUAUGCUGAAGCAAGGAGGUGGUAUCUUUAUUAACCUGACGAGCACUGGAUGCACGCGCCCGCGGCCAGGAUUCGCCUUCUAUAACGCCGCUAAGGCGGGACUCGCCUCGAAGACCAUGGCGCUGGAAUAUGCCCUAACCAUUCGAUUCAAUUGCAUAUGUCCCGCGAUUGGCGACACGGCCAUGCUCGAGAGAAGCAUCGGAAAUGAUAAUCAAUUAGCCGAAAAGCGUCGCAAAAUUGAAGACGCUCUGCCAUUGAAAAGGCUUACUAAGCCGACCGAUAUCGCGAACGCGGCGUGGUUCCUCGGUUCAGACCAGGGGUCUUUCCUUACUGGCACAACGAUUGAAGUAGAUGGCGGCCGAGGUAUCUAA